AGUGUCGGUGGUGUCGUUAGUAUUGGUAGUAUUGGUAGUAUCGGUAGUAUUGGUAGUAUCGGUAGUAUUGGUAGUAUCGGAAGUUUUGAAUAUCUAGUAUCGGUGUCGGUAUCGCGACACCGAUACCGAUACUUAGUAUCGUACUUUACGAGAAACUUUAAUUACUUUACUAAACGUGGUAUAAGUGGACCCAAACCAGUGGUGGGCAUUGGGAACCUCUGGGAGUUGAUGUUCACACCCGUGGCUGAGCUCGAGAUAAAGCGCUUCAAGAAAUACGGCAAACUUUAUGGGUAUUUUUGA